GUCUGGAGAGAAAGAGAGAGGGAGAGAGAGGGUGAUUGUGGUCACAAGUGGAUGGGGAAGAAAGUGGUGAAAAGUUGAGGAGUGGUGGAAGACGUGCGGGGGAAUAAGCAUUGAGUUCCAGUUCCAUUCAACGACUACAUCACUUUACUGUUGUUGUUGUUACUAUCAACAGCCACCACUUCACUGUUUCACUUGUCUGUCUGUCUGUCUGUCUGUGACAUCCCAUCCCAUCCCAUUUAUACGGUCCCCCUCCCUCUCACCUUCCUCGCUCAGCAAUCUGGUCGGGUUCAUUAAUUUACCUUUCAGCUUUACCUGACCUGCAAUGACAAGCUCCAAUUAACGUCUCUCAACCUUUAUCACCAACAUGCGUCGGGCCUCUGUGGAUGCCACCGCCGACGAGGCGUUGGCUCGCAUGGGCUACAAGAGCGAAUUGCCGCGCAAUCUGAGCAUGCUCAGUAUUCUGGGCCUGUCCUUUGCGAUCAUGGCCGCACCCUUCGGACUCAGCACCACCCUCUACAUCACACUCACCGAUGGCCAGUCCGUCAGUAUCAUCUGGGGCUGGGUGCUCGUUACGCUCAUCUCCAUCGCCAUCGCCGCGUCGCUCGCCGAAAUCUGCGCCGUCUAUCCCACUGCCGGUGGCGUAUACUACUGGAGUGCCAUGCUCUCGACCCGACGCUGGGCCCCAAUGAUGUCCUUUAUUGAUGGCUGGCUGACCCUGGUCGGCAACUGGACCGUCACCCUCAGCAUCACCUUCUCCGGUGGCCAGCUGAUCCUGAGCGCCAUCUCCCUCUGGAAUGAGGACUUCGUGGCCAAUGCGUGGCAGACGAUCCUCACCUUCUGGGCUGUUAUCCUCUUCUGCGCUCUGGUCAAUAUAUUCUUCUCCAAGUAUCUCGAUCUGAUCAACAAGGUGUGCAUCUAUUGGACGGCUGCCAGCGUGGUUAUCAUCCUGGUUACCCUCUUGACGAUGGCGGACCAGCGCCGGGAUGCGAAGUUUGUGUUUGCUCAUUAUGACGCAUCGCAGAGCGGCUGGCCAUCCGGCUGGGCCUUCUUCGUGGGACUGUUACAGGCUGCGUAUACCUUGACCGGAUACGGAAUGGUGGCGUCGAUGUGCGAGGAGGUGCAAAACCCGCAUCGCGAAGUGCCCAAGGCGAUUGUCUUGUCGGUAGCAGCCGCCGGAGUUACGGGUCUGAUGUACUUGAUCCCGAUCCUGUUCGUCCUGCCCUCAGUGCAGUCCCUGCUGGAUGUCGCCAGCGGCCAGCCGAUCGGGCUGAUCUUCAAGACGGCGACCGGGUCCGCAGGCGGCGGAUUCGGACUCUUGUUCUUGAUCCUAGGGAUCCUGAUGUUCGCGGGCAUCGGCGCGCUCACGGCCGCCAGCCGCUGCACGUACGCCUUCGCGCGCGACGGGGCCAUUCCGGGUUUCCGGCUCUGGCGGCGGGUCAACCAGCGUCUCGACGUGCCCGUGUGGGCGAUCGUGCUGUCGACCGCCGUGGACUGUCUGCUGGGGCUGAUCUACUUCGGGUCCAGCGCCGCCUUCAACUCGUUCACCGGUGUCGCCACCAUCUGCCUAUCGACCUCGUACGGGCUGCCGAUUCUGAUCCUGAUGUGUCGCGGUCGCCGGGCGGUGCGCGACUCGAGCUUCUCGCUCGGCCGCUUCGGGUACGCGAUCAAUAUCCUGGCCGUUUGCUGGAUCGUGUUGGCGGUGGUGCUCUUCUGUAUGCCUGUGUCGCUGCCCGUGGAUGCCAGCAGCAUGAACUACGCCAGUGUGGUCUUCGCUGGCUUCGCGGCCAUCAGUAUCGCGUGGUAUGUGGUCUAUGCCCGCAAGCAUUUCACCGGCCCGCCCGUGGCCGAAGAGGUCGAUGGCAUGCCCGGCGUGAUGACGGGGAAACCGGUCGAUCCGGAAAAUGUCCUUGCGGAAGAGGAGAAGGGCCGAAGUAAUAGUACGGGCAAGAUUUGAGGGGUUGUCUUUGUUUUUGGUACUGCACAUAUUUAUACUAUGAUGAUGUGGGGUUCUUGGUGAUCCGCUCGAGCUAUUACUGUAUAGUCCAUACGAAUAUG